CGAAUAGAGCCGUAACAAACCGCGUUGAGUAGGGACAAGUGGAAAAGGGCCACAUUUAUCUUCAAACUAUGGUGAAGCAUUUGAACGCAGCACCAGCAUUGAUCAUAUCGAUUCCUCUCACACGGCACGGAGCUCACUGGCAACAGCAUCAUUACACAUAGGAGCGUGUAUGAGUGGAAAUCAUCAAAAAGAUGACCAUUAAAAACGCUCUCCGGGAUCAUGGACAGAGGUACCGACCACGGAUGGCUUGUCUAAAGAAGGCAGAGAAGGUGCUGCUGGAGAUGCAGGACCCCUGCACAGGAGUGAAGUCGCAGCCUCAGAGACUCGUUAUCACCAUCAUACCUCAUGCUAUCACUGGUGAAGACAUAAUUGCAUGGUUAGCUGACAGAUUUCAAAUUGAUAUUGAAGAGGCCAGAAGUUUUGGCUCCAUGCUUGUGGCCUUGGGAUACAUCUACCCUUUGCAAGACCACAAACGUUUAGUGAUCAAACCAGAUGCCUCCCUGUAUCGCUUCCAGACACCAUAUUUCUGGCCAACUCAGCAGUGGCCCGUUGAGGAUACAGAUUAUGCAAUCUACUUAGCAAAAAGAAACAUCCGUAAGAAAGGCAUCCUGGAGCUGCACGAGCAGGAGCAGUACAACCAUCUUCACAAGUGGAUGAACCACAAGUGGGAUUUCAUAGUAAUGCAAGCUAAAGAACAGUACAGAGCUGCGAAAGAGAGGAAGAAACCGGACCGUGUGGUGUUUGACUGCCAGGAGAGAGCCUAUUGGGUCGUUCAUAGACCUCCGCCAGGGACAGUGAGUGCUAUGGACUAUGGGGUGGAUCGAAGAACAGAUCCUAAUGCAGACGAGACACAAACACCUGACUACUAUGAGAGAAUUAUGAUCUUCACCCAGCAGUCCAUCAUGAGGCCCAGAGUGAAGUCAUCUGUGUCCAUUGGCGCACUGGUGAAGUACUGCGCCACCUAUAGUGGUCACGACCCUUUUCUCUCCAAGUGUCUUCCCAGCAACCCCUGGCUCACUGAUGAUACAACAUUCUGGACUCAGAAUAUGCAUAACGUUGAAAUACCCACCAAGAUGCGUGUGGAGAGGUGGACAUUCAGCUUUAAAGAACUGCUCUCAGACCCUCGAGGACGAGAUGAUUUCAGACUGUUCCUGAAGAAAGAAUUCAGUGGAGAGAACUUAGCAUUCUGGGAAGGCUGUGAAGAUCUGAAGUGGGGCACUGCUGUGACGAUGAGAGAGAAAGCAGAACAGAUCUACAAGACAUUUUUGGCACGUGGCGCUCCGCGAUGGAUCAACAUAGAUGGAAAGACAAUGGAAAUCACAGUGAAGGGCCUGAAGCACCCACACAGAUAUGUUCUGGAUGCAGCACAAACUCAUAUCUACAUGCUAAUGAAGAAGGAUUCAUAUGGGCGAUACCUAAAAUCUCCAGUGUUCAAGGAAACCUUAAAGAAAGCCAUCUGUCCUGAAGAGCACAAAUUCAAUGAAGUCCAGUUGGAGCAGAAUGCCAGGAACCGACGGCCCAGUCUCAGCCCCAUCAUCAUCAGGCAGCAGGAGCAGGAGCAAAGAGCCAAGAUGGCCGCUAACGCCCCUGUUGAUAUAACACAGCUGUGCAGGUUUACCACUCCUGUCCCCCACCUCGCUGUCUACUCUGGAAUCCCUGACCCACCUUCUGUCACCGCUUCACCCUCGUUCCCUUUCCUCGCCCACACCCCAGUCUGUCCGUCCCCCAUCAGUGUGGCCUUAGACAGCACCUCGGCCUCUGAGCGGCGACUGGAGACCAGCGAGGGUGAGGGCAACAUGGAGGCCAGGGCCCCUGAUGGAGAAAACUUGUCUAAGUCUCGAAUGGCCCUGUCUCUGCGCCGACUGUUGAAGAGAGGCUGCAGCCCCUCUGCCAUGUUUGCCAGCCUGUCUCCUAAAUGUCACACGGCGGCCACAGCAAGUAGCCGCAUUCAGCCAAUCAUGCCAGACGAGCCCAGCCAUGCUCCGCCCAGACGAAUUGGCAACUUCUUCCAUAUCAAAGUAGACAUUCCCCCGGAGUGCCGGAUCUACCCCAUUGAGUCUGAGGAUGAGGAUGAGGAGAACAGGCCUGCCUCUCGGGACAGAGUGGGAACAGAGGAGAUCAUCUGCCCCUGGGAGAGCCUUUCUAGACAGAAUGGGACAGGUUAAUUGGCUGGAUUCAUACAGGUAUAACGCCACCGGACAAUAAGGAUGGAAUAUGUGACACAUAUACCAAACAACCUCAAGACCUGCAUGAAUCACUCAGUCUGAGACACCAAAUGAUGAUAAAGCUGCAGUAUCUGACCGUGCUGGUUUGAAGGGUUGUUGUAGGGAUGAUCUAUUGCUUACUCUGUUUCCUGUCAAACAUUAUGAAAAAAGUAGCUGCAAAAGAAAAAUGCUAGUGUUAUUUAUCAGUCUAAAAUAUAAUGAAAAUCUUUAUUUUCAAAGCAAGGGUCCAUGAAGGUUUGAUUGUUUGAUCCUUAUGUGUUUUGUGGACUUAGAGGAGGGUCCAUUGAGGCAUUUUGUAGGGAUGCUGCAGGAGUAGGGGGUGUUCCAAUGCUUUAAAAUGUUAUCAGUCCUUGUAUACCCAAAGCAAGAGAUGUGUCCACAUUCAGACACAUCUGUGACCUUUAAACCAAGAGUCAGCUCCUCUAAAUCUAAACCAUGGAUCUCAGAUAGAAAAUGAUGGAUUAAUCAUCCAGGGUCGGUCUAUGACCUCAAGUAGAUGAGUUAAAAGUGUUUUGGUGGAUUAGGGCAUCGUCUGUAGUAAUGUGGGUGUUACCCUGGUCUGUUGUGAUUUAAACAAAAAUAACCUUUGAUUUAAUGAUCCAUCUAUAUUCCAGCCAUUAUCUAGGGUUGUAAGAUAUGGAUCAUAACCGAAAAAACCAGCUACAAGCAGUUUCAGUGAUCUUAGGAGCUCUGUCUUCAGAGAGGAGUUUGGAGAAGAUCUGCAGCUACUCUGCAUUGGCAGCUGAGGUGGUUUAGAAAUCUGAUCUGAAUGCCUCUGCCACUUCUGCCUGUUCCAGGCAUGUCCCAAUGGGAGGAGACCCCCGGAAAGACCCAGAACCUGCUGGAGAGACAAUAUUUCCCUUCCAGACUAGGGGCAUCUUGAGAUCCUACAAAAUCUUGGGAUCCUACAAAAACAGGACGUAAAAAGGUCUGUCUGUAGUACAGUACGGUAAGUACAGUCUUACCAACCCAGUCUGAUGUGAUCCCCUGCUGAGCCCAGGAUGGAGGAUGGGUUGAACAGGGGCCACUCCACAUGGGGGCGACAGAGUUUACAAAAGUUCAAGUGCUUUCACAGCUUGAAGUGUAGCUCUCAUACCCUGAAUCUGAUGAUAAACUGUAAGCCCAACAGCAGCCUUAAACCAUGCCCUCAGUUUGACCUCAAAACUUUAAAUAAUGUUAGACGUCUGCAGUGUUAUUUGUAGAAUGCCAAAGAAAAAGAAAACAAAUGCAUCGAAUGUAAAGAUAAUCAUAAAUUCAAUUACAUUAUGAUGGUUGUAAAGGAACAUUAAUUAAAAAGUAAUUAAGUCUGAAACCCUCGGCAGUGACUUCACAUGCUUACUCAGAUGUUUCUAUAUACUUUCUGAGGUAGAAAUGUUGUCUUGUACUGCAGAAUAGACUUAGAAGCCUCUUUGUUUAUUAAGUUACAUCUUCUGUGAAAAAAAAAACAAAAACAAACUGAGCCAGUCCAGCGUAGGGUAAAAUGGGAUCACAGGAACAACUUGUUUACAUGCAGUUUUGGAAAAAAGUCUCUUUUAAUUCUAGCGUUUACAGUAUCAGAACAUAAUAAAGAUUGAUAGAGUUUUAAAAUUAUAUAUCUAACCUCAAGUGUACAAAAAUAGACAACAGACACUCUCAUUUAAUAAACGAAGAUCAAAUUUGCCGUCAAAUUUGGAGAAACUGUAUGGGAAAAACUAAACACAUAGACAACCUUUGGGAGUCAAAGGAUGCUUCUUUGCAACAUUGAUUUAGUUGACUGAGGUUUUCACACAUUUGUUUCUGCACAGCUUUCUUAAGAUCUUACCACAUCACUUCUCCUUGCUUCUUAUCAGUGGUUCUGUUGUAGACUGGCUUUAAGGUGCCUUGGCCCUGCAAAACAGGCAUUAUGCACAGCACCCCCUUAAUACAUAGGAGCUCAUGGUUGUCUCAAUAAACCCUUUUAGAUCAUAGUUUUUGCGGGAAAAACUCAACUGUAAAACCCAAUUUAUGGAUAAUUUUGUCAUUGGCAUGAGCUGGUGUGUGGUUUCAGAGCAUGCAGCUCAAGUUGUGGAAUAAAACAGGGAUGGCUUACCACACAGCAGCACUUACAGAAAAAUGUACAAAAAGUGAGUUUCUGGCAUUUCCCAAUAUUAUCUGUCUGACUCUAAGCUCUGUGGUGAUCAUCAGACAGUCUGCCCAAAUGCAUUUAAUGCCUUAAAUACACGCAAAUCUGUUCUGUGCCAUCUUCAACUUGUCAUGUCUGGUCUGCCUCAGCUCAUGCUGAUCAAUGGGAUUCUCAGAUGAGAUGCACACUUGAGAAUUAUAAAGAUGCACUGCGUGGACUGUGCUGCUGCAACUGCUGUAUUUCCUCUGUGUGGCAUUACUUAGUCACACACGUUCCACAAUCUUGUCUUAACCUUACAUCUCAUGGCAGCUAUGGGUCUGUGACUACUUGCCAAGGUGAAUCAGAACUGUAACGGGGGUAGGUGAAGUCUGAUUUUUAUUUUGUGUCAGUACCUUUCAGCUGAUUACAAGGCAUAAAGAACAUGGGUAGAUAAUGGAUUGAAAGUAUGAUCUGAAAGGGGUUAAUGACUGCAAGGUGUCUGGUUAGUGUAACCACUAAACAAGUCCAAACCAUUACCUCUACACCACCAUACUUCGGUUAGAAAAUGAGAGAGUGAUCCCUCAAAGAAUAUAAUAAGACAAAAGUAGGAUCAAUUCUUAAAAUAUUUCUUUUCCCAUUUUUAUAAAAAAUGGGAUAUACAAUUGUUUUAUACUAUUUUCUUUGAUAAAAUAACAUAUUUUUGGGCAUUACAGCAAUCAAACCCUUCUUCUAAUUGUUGAAAAGCUUUUUGCAUGCUUCCACUAUUUUCGACGAAUUCUCUUCAGCGAUUAGCUCCAAGUUUUUGAGGCUCGAAGGCCUCGCCAUGCCAUCACCCUAAUUUUUUAGCUCCCUCCAGAGAUUCUCUAAGAUUCUGACUUCCAAUCAGAAAAAAACUGUUGGUAAAAUUACUAGAUUACUUAAACCCUAAAUCUGCCAAGGGUACAAAUAAUUGUAGACUCAACUAUAAGUAAAGGGGGGCUAAGUACAGUCCUUAAGGCACUAUCCGUGACCUUUUAUAUGCAUCCCUUCCCCAACACACCUGGUUAAAAUAGGAUGCAUAUAAAAGUUGCAAGAUAGUAGCUCUUGAAGACUGGACUUGGGUACUCCUGCUGUAAGUCAUGCUGGUUUAUUAUUUUUAGACAGAAGAGGCUUUUUCUCCUUCAGCGCUUUCAAACAAGCUAUAAUGGUUUCUCUUUUUUCUUACUGUACUGUCAUGAAUUUAACAGUUUAAUUUUCACCACGACUUGUAGAGUCUGAGAUGGAACUUCUGGGUUUAAGGGUCCUGAGCUGACUUUGUUGGGAAGAUUGGCAGCUGUUUAAACAUAUUUUCCAUUUGUGAAUAAUCUUUCUCUGUAAAAUGAUGGACUUCCAUGUGUUUUGAAUUGGCCUUAUGACCCUUCCCCAACAGAUGGCCUGUUGCUUCUUUAAGAUCAUUGCUGAUGUUUUUCCUUCUUAGCAUUGUGUUAACACAGAUGUCUGUAUUGCCAAAACUGCUUUUGUCGUGGUGAUCACACCGAAAGUAAUCAUUGCAUUUAAUUAGCAGCACCUUAUUGAUCCUUUCCCUAUUAACCCCCAUGGAGGCAGCAAGGCGGUAUUCAGCUUUUCAAACACUGCUUUUCCUUUUUGGAUGUAUUUUGUUUUAAUAAAUGACAAUGUGGAAUCUGAUGUGUAUUCUCAGAACCCUCCAUUUAAAAGAGGGGACACUUUCUUUUUAUCAUGGAGGAUACAGGUUGUAGUUUUGUAUUUGGCUCCACUGCUGUUUUGUACCCUCUGUGUAGCUGUUGUGUACCAAACACCAAACAGAUUGAGGUGUUUAUGGUCUCUCCUUUUCGGGAGAGACAGCAGAACAUGAUCUGACAGAAUGUGUUAUCUUUACCAUGUUUACAGAUGCAAGAAUGCGAAAAGUACCUUGAAUUUGUGCUAUUUGAUAUGUGCAUUCCAUUGCUAUUGUCAAGUGCCUCAAUAAAAAAGUGUCUUUUAAAAAGGUA